AUGUGGCAUAGGGUUCUAAUCCAAGAAGCAUCGCGCGUCAGCGCAACUUCCAACUCCAUCGAUCGCCUAUCGAAGCCAUUCAGAUGCCCCGGAUCAGCUACACCGACUCGGGCCUCAGAUAAGCCUGCAAGGAAGCGAAGGAAGGUAAAUUAUGCUGGGGCUGAUGGAAAUGACGACAACGGCGUGAAGCCGUAUACGAACGAGGAACGCCUGGCGCUUGCCACCCGAGAUGUCAACAGAUUUCCGGUUUUUAAAGCGAAGGACAAAGAUUUCACUUUCAAACAAAGGUUUAAAGUGCCUUUGGUGGACAAGUCGACUGGUGGAUACGACAGCUCUCGACCCGCACCUACACUGGGGAUGAGACAGGGAGCUACGUUCGUCGUGAAGCCUUUGCAUGAUCCGAGCGGAGAAUUUGCGAUCGUCCUGUAUGACCCGACGGUUGAUGAUAUCGAUAAUUCACAACAAGAAAAAUCAGGUAAACCAGAUGACGCCGAAGAUAAUAACUCGAAGCUGGACGAACCCCUGGUACAUAAAAGCUUAGCGGAUAUACUUGGGCUGAAAAAGAAGGUGGAAGAUCGCCCAAAAGUUCCAGUUGUUAUAGACCCAAGGCUGGCAAAGAUCUUACGCCCUCAUCAAGUGGAGGGAGUUAAGUUUCUCUACCGCUGCACUACGGGAAUGAUCGACAAAAAUGCCAAUGGCUGCAUUAUGGCUGAUGGCAUGGGUCUCGGAAAGACGUUGCAAUGUAUUGCAUUAAUGUGGACACUUCUGAAACAAUCCCCCGAGGCCGGAAGGACGACUAUUCAGAAGUGUAUCAUUGCGUGUCCUUCAAGUUUAGUAGGGAACUGGGCCAAUGAGCUUGGAAAAUGGCUCGGGCAGGGUACUAUCACCCCGUUUGCAGUGGAUGGUAAAGCAUCGAAGACGGAACUGAUAACCCAAUUGAAACAAUGGGCAAUCUCAUCAGGUCGGUCUGUUGUAAGGCCGGUACUCAUUGUCUCUUACGAGACCCUGCGGAUGUAUGUCGACACAUUGAAGGACAGUCCAAUUGGACUGCUUCUAUGCGACGAAGGCCAUCGAUUGAAGAAUAAAGAAAGCUUGACCUGGACGGCACUUAAUAGCUUGAAUGUGCAACGCCGAGUGAUAUUGUCUGGUACUCCCAUUCAGAAUGAUCUCUCGGAAUAUUUUGCUCUUCUCAAUUUCGCAAACCCAGACCUACUUGGGUCACAAAACGAAUUUCGAAAGAGAUUCGAACUGCCCAUUCUUAAGGGAAGAGAUGCAGCAGGCACAGAGGAAGACCGAAAGAAAGGCGAUGAGCGUCUAGUCGAACUUUCAGGCAUUGUUAACAAGUAUAUCAUUCGGCGGACAAACGACAUCCUAUCGAAGUAUUUGCCUGUCAAAUAUGAGCAUGUGGUGUUCUGCAAUCUGUCGCAAUUUCAACUUGGCCUGUACAAACACUUCAUUGACAGUCCCGAGAUAAAAAGUCUUCUUAGGGGCAAAGGAAGCCAACCCUUGAAAGCGAUUGGACUUCUUAAAAAACUGUGCAACCAUCCAGAUUUGCUUAGCCUUUCUAAUGACCUUCCGGGUUGCGAGCACACGUUCCCCGAUGAUUAUGUUCCCCCCGAAGCAAGAGGCAGAGACAGAGAUGUCAGGCCUUGGUACUCAGGGAAAAUGAUGGUUCUUGACAGGAUGCUGGCUCGAAUACGUCAAGAUACGAAUGACAAGAUUGUCCUUAUCAGUAACUAUACACAAACGCUUGAUGUUUUUGAGAAGCUUUGCAGGACAAGAGCGUACGGCUGCUUGAGACUGGACGGUACGAUGAACGUGAAGAAACGCCAGAAGCUUGUCGACAAGUUCAAUGAUCCCGAUGGCGAAGAAUUCGUGUUCCUUCUCAGCAGUAAAGCCGGUGGGUGUGGUCUGAACCUGAUCGGUGCUAACCGCCUGGUGUUAUUCGAUCCCGAUUGGAACCCGGCGGCUGAUCAACAGGCACUCGCACGAGUCUGGCGUGACGGUCAGAAGAAAGAUUGUUUUGUUUAUCGCUUCAUUGCGACGGGGUCCAUCGAAGAAAAGAUAUUUCAACGCCAGUCUCACAAACAGUCUCUUUCCUCCUGUGUGGUAGACUCAGCCGAAGACGUCGAGCGACAUUUCUCUCUGGACUCCCUCCGUGAACUAUUCCAGUUCAAGCCGGAAACAACGAGCGAUACACACGAUACUUUCAAGUGCAAGAGGUGCAGACCUGAUGGAACGCAGUAUAUUAAGGCCCCAGCUAUGCUCUAUGGCGACACCAGUUCAUGGAAUCACUUUGUGAACAGCGGAGAACAGGGGCAGAUGAACCAAAUCCAAGACCUCCUUAUUCGACAAGAGACUCAAGAGCGAGAUGUUUCUGCAAAAGUCGUCCGGGAUUCCGCGUUCAAAGGAGAGCAUGAAGUAAUUCAGAAAAUCGUCGACCAGCUAUGCCACGACUACGCCUAUGCAGUUCAUCAGCCUCAUGCGAGAAAUGGGGUUGCUCCCUAUCUCAAAGAGAUCGUGCCGCCGGUACUUGCGUGCUUCUCGGACCAAGAUGCGAGGGUUAGAUACUACGCUUGCGAGAGCAUGUACAACAUCGCCAAAGUUGCGAAAGGAGAAGUUUUACUAUUUUUCAACGAGGUAUUCGAUGCGCUAAGUAAGCUUGCCUCCGACUCUGAACUGUCCGUCAAAAAUGGAGCGGAACUCCUUGACCGACUCGUGAAAGACAUCGUUUCUGAAUCGGCUGCCCACCAUGUCUCUGUUCUACAGCUAUCCGAAAAGCAGACUUCCGACCCUGAUGCUUUAACAGAUGACCUUCCAACAGCGUUCUCGCUUCCUAAGUUCAUACCGUUGCUCAAAGAACGAAUACAUGUCCUCAGCGCAUUUACUCGGACUUUCUUAGUGUCGUGGUUAACCUUGCUGGAUACAAUUCCCGAUCUAGAGCUUGUAUCUUAUUUGCCAGAAUUCCUUGCGGGCUUGAUCAGAUUUUUGGGCGAUCCAAAUGGAGAUGUCAACGUUGCUACCCAAGGUCUUCUCGACAGGUUCCUGGCGGAGAUUAAAAGGAUUGCUCGUCUUAAGAAGGGCCUUGCAGAAAGUCGCAAAGGACAAGAGAGUGACAAUAGGCGAUCGAAUACAAGCGAUACUACGAGCCUAGCCACAGACCCGACAGCCGCUAUCGACGCUGAAAGCAACGAUAUCGCAAUAGAAGAUUCCGAAGCUGAAUUUGCCGUUGAGGAAGAGGGACUGCAUACUGAUGGUGAUUGGAUCCCUGGCCAAGAUGUCCAAAUCGACUAUCCGAAGAUCCUAGAUAUCCUUGUGGGAUUUGUUGAUACCUCAUUUGACGAGGAGAUGCAGUUGACUGCUUUGCGUUGGAUUGAUAGCUUUUUCGAAAUCAGCCCAGAAGAUAUUCUUCCUUUUGUCCCACGCCUUCUUGAUCAAGUCCUCCCAGCACUCUCUAGCAGCUCGCAUCCCGUGAAGGAGACUGCAACCAGGGUCAAUAACUCGCUGCUGCAAUACAUAUUCAGUUUAACUCUAUCCGAAGAUGCCUCAGACGAUUCACGACAUAGUACGACUUCCAAGCUACCCCAGACAACUACGAAAGAGUUUGCUGAACGAAGAGCUUCUACACCAAGCAGUAGGACUGAUGCGCCGGCCACUGAUUCUAAGAGAGCUUCACCCCGGAAUAGUAUCAUGUCCGCUGCCACAGUACCCACUCCGGAACUUGACUAUGGCUCAGCUGUUAGCUCUCUCACUCUUCAGUUCUUGAAUGAAAAUGAAACCACCAGAAUAGGUGCCCUUUCAUGGCUCCUAAUGCUACACCGUAAAGCCCCGAAGAAAGUUUCCGCAUUCAAUGAUGGGAUCUUCCCUGUGCUUCUCAAGACAUUGUCUGAUUCAUCGGAGGCUGUUGUUACGAAGGAUCUUCAGCUUCUGUCCCAAAUUUCGAGGAACAGCGAGGAUAGCUAUUUCAAAGCAUUCAUGGUGAGCUUGCUGCAGUUAUUUUCGACGGACAGAAAUUUGCUUGAGGUCCGCGGAAACCUUAUUAUUCGACAAUUAUGCUUGAAUUUGAGCCCUGAACGGAUCUACCGGACUCUUGCGGACUGUCUUGAGAAGGAAGAUGACAUCGAGUUUGCUAGCAUCAUGGUGCAGAACCUGAACAAUAACUUGAUUACGGCACCGGAGUUGUCAGAAUUAAGAAAACGACUGCGGAACCUGGACUCCAAGGAUGGCCAAACGUUCUUUGUAACCCUUUUCAGGUCUUGGUGUCACAAUGCAGUCUCAACCUUUUCGCUCUGUUUACUGGCGCAAGCUUAUGAGCAGGCAUACAAUCUUCUCCAGGUCUUUGCCGAGCUCGAAAUGACGGUCAACAUGCUAAUCCAAAUCGACAAACUCGUCCAGCUACUGGAAUCUCCAGUGUUUACCUACCUCCGUCUCCAGCUCCUUGAACCGGAACGAUAUCCAUUUCUAUACAAAUGCCUCUACGGUGUUCUAAUGCUCCUCCCCCAAAGUUCUGCCUUUGCUGCACUCAAAAACCGCCUUAAUAGUGUUAGCAACAUCGGCCUCCUCCACACAGGACCUCGCCUGUCCUCCAUGGCAUCGACAUCCACGCCAGGUACAUCAAGCUACGACCGCAGCAGCACGCGCCUCAAACAGCGUGAUGAAAACUCCAUCCGCUGGGUCGAGCUCCUAGACAAAUUCAAGUCCGUGCAGGAAAAGACCCGCUCGACACAACGGCACUCACAGCGCCCCUUCGACACCGAUGCACCCUCGCCCUUCCAACAACGCGCUUCCCUCUCGUCUGCACUCAGUGGCGCUGACCCGAUGCGCAGAGACAAGACUCUUCCCGAUACCCCGCGCGCUGGCUUCGGUGGUAUUGGCGGCCGCUCGUCACCUGCUGAUGGCGCUGGCGGUGGUGCUGGUAGUAGUGCGAAGGGAGGAGGGAUUCUUGGUACGCAGAGGCAGAAAUCUGGCUUGACGAAUUUGGGACGGUUGAGAAUUGGGGGUGGGAAGAGUAAGCGCUGA